AACUCAUUUUCGAAUUUUGAUUAGUUUUCCGAUUUAUUAUAUUUUUCGUCAAACUUUUGGAUACUACUGACGAUGUUGUUAUCUUAUCUCUCUCUUCCAUUUUAUAUAUAUAUGCACAAAAUUAAUAGGCAAAUAGAAGAGGUUUGAUUUGCAAUUCGCUAAAAUUUGCUGGCAUAUUUCAGAAUUUUGAAAUAUUAAUUCAAGUGUUUUGAAAAAUAUAUUAUAACUUUACAGAGUUUCCCACUAAUUAUGAAACAAUUUUACAAAAAUGUAAAAAUCGUUUUUUUUUCUGUUUUCGUGUUUAUUGUGAUAGGAGUUGUGAUUUACUUUCACAUAAACUCUUUUUCGAUUAAAAAAAAACGAAAUUCUACUCUAUGUAA